AAAAUGGAUUUAGAAGCAACUAUAGUUGAACGUUUGCACAAAUUAAAACAAUGGCAAUUGGAGCAACAAGAACGACUAUUAAAACAGCAACAAAUGCAAAGAGAGAUAUUAACUCAGAAACAAGAUUCUGUGUAUAAAGUACUUGAAAUAUCAUUACAAGAACUUAAUCUUGAUGAAAGUAUGCAACAUACUAAUAAUUCAAAUAAAAUUGAAGUUAAUAGUGAAACUGACGAUGAAGUAUUAGUUAUGGUGCAUAAUGAAUCACAGAACAAAGAAAAUUGUGCAGAAAUGUUACAUAGUAAUGAAUCAUAUACUAGUCAAGAUGGAAAUAAUUUUGACAAUUCGAUUUUUCAACGACAGUUAUCUAAUGAAAAAUUAUUAAAAAAAAGCAUGCCAAUAUCUGAUACAAAAAUUAUUGAAAGCUCAACAAUACUUUCACCAAAACAUAAGAAAGAAAUAGAACAAUUUAUUAUAGAUGGAGUAAUACCAUUGCCAUGUAAUAGAACAUCAAUUAGUAAUAUUUGCAUCGACGAUAUACCAGUCCCUUCUCCCAAAAAAGAUUUCCAUACAUUACUAGAAGAAAGAUUAAAAGACUGUGAAAAUGUACCUUACGAAAGACCUAAUAAUAAUUCAGCAUAUAAAGUAAAAAGACCAUUUUUAAGGAAAGGAGAAGGUUUGUCCAGGUUUAAAUCAAAUCAAGAAACACAAUUACCUAAGAUAAGAAAUAGAUCACGCAGUGCAUCAUUUUCUGCUGGUAUACAAUCUGAUUCUAAACACUCUAAGAACAAAACUAAAUCUAAUAAUAUUAAACAAACUUCCAAAAAUGUACAAUUAACAAAAAAUACGAGGUGUACAAAUUCAUCGCAAAAACAUUUGUGCUUAAAAAAUGUUCCACUGCCAAAGAAGAAAAUUCGCAGCAAGUCUGAAUCUAAUACUUCGUGUAUUCGAUCGGACAAUCGUAUUAAUAAAGUUGGGAAUAAUGUUGAAUUAAAUACUUCAGAUUUUCAUUCAAGAACACAAAAAGAAAUGGAGGAAGUUAGAAUUUUUGAAUUGUUAGAAGAAAAAGCUGAGAAUUCUAGCUUCUGUUCUACAUCUAGUACAGUUGUUGCAUUUCUACAACAAUCAACACCAUUUAAAAAGAAAAGAGGAUGUAUUAAUCCAGAUAACCACAAGGUUAAUAUAAAACAACACACUAGUCCAAUAAUUAAAAAUCUUAAGGAUUUGCCAGUUCAGAAGCCUAAUGCUUACAUAUGUACAACUACUAAUAAAAGUGAUAAUUCUUAUUGCGAUUUAAAACCUCUUGUGAACCAAAAUGAGUUACAUUCAUCCUUAAUGAAACAUAAUAUGCAUAAAAGUAUAAAUCCUUUGCAAAAUGGUAAAGAAAACAAUAAAAUAGAUAGAAGUAUAAACGGACAUGCUCCUUUAAAAAACCAAGUUCAAUCGACACACAAUGUACAAAACUUUUAUGACAUUCCUAAUGUUGAGGGUGAUGUGGACGUUAGUCUUCAUGUUAGAUUUUCUGAAUAUAACGAGUACAAAACUAUUGGAUUAACAGACACAUCUACUAUAUCAACCGAAUCAGUGACGAUACAAAAUUUCUGUGAUGAAAAUGUAUGGAACGAUGACCGUUCAACUCCGGAAAUGUCCGAUACCGAAACGAUACGAAUACCAUUUGAAGUAUCACAGUCAUCUGCAAUGAUGCAAGAUAAAACACAAAAUAAUAAUCUCAAAUUUGCGCUCGAGCAAUGCAACAUACAAGAAUUAAAUUAUAAGGUAAAAAAUAUUGGUAGUAUGAAACAAAAGGAUGAUUUUAAUUAUAACAAAGAUAUACAUCAACAUGUUUAUCAUAACAAUGAUUCAGAAUUCUCAGACACUACUGAUCAGUUCCUUGACAAUGAUAAUGAACAAAGUAUUUUAAAUGAACAUAAUACAAAAAAUGUAACGUCACAGGGCACUAAUAAUUCUCAUAAUACUGAAGAAUUAGAGAAAUGUAUAGAAAAACAUAAUAGUAGAAAAAUAGAAAAUUGUGUAGAUAGUUAUAAUAAUGUAUCUAUAAUCGAAGAUCAGAAAAUUGAAGAAAAUUUACAAAAAAUGAAUGAAACCAUAUUCAAGUCAGAACUUUUAAAAAAUCGUCUUCUGGAGCUUGAACAAGAGAUUAAUAUAUUUCGUAAAGAAAAUACAGCUUUAUCUAUUCAACGAAAAAAAUUACAAGAAGAUCAGAGAUCUUUACAUAAGGAAUAUGCAGAAAAGGAAAAAUAUUUUGAAGAUAAUAAAAAACAAGCGGAAGAUCGUUUACAAGAAGAAAGAAAAAAAUUAGUUCGGGAAAAAACUGCAUUAGAAAAUAGAAUGCGAGAUGCACAAGAGAAAGCUCAACAAAGUAAAAUAGAAAGGCAAGAAAUGCAAAAUUUGAAACAAGAAUUGGAAAAAUUAAGGGACGAAAUACAUCUAAAAGAAAGUAGAUGGAAUGCUGCACAAUCCAGACAUAAGUGUCAAGUGAGAAUAUUAAAAAUGGAAAAUUCAAAAUUGAAACAAGAAAUUGAGAAACUACAAAAUUCGAAGAAAGGAAAUAUUAGAUAUAAGGGGAAAUCUGGAACUUUCUCAAAUACAAAGUCAAUUCAUCAAAUUAAUAAACAACUUAAUAUGCAAUUUAAAGAAAGUAAAAAGGAUAAUAAUUCGUUGUCGGACGACAGUGAUCAUAAAUUGGUAAAGUCAAUGAUGAAUAACAUAACUGAUACGAUUGAUACUCAAAAUGUAAAACAAGAUGAAUAUAAUUGCAACAGUAAUAAGAAUGUUAUGAAUGAAAAUGUAGAGAAAUGUCGGACAAGCAUGGAAAAUGUUAAAAAACGUAAUUUGUAUGAAAAUUUAAUUAAAGAAGCAACAUCUGAUUUAACAGACAUUCAAGAACAACCUUGUACUUCAGAAAAUUUAAAUGAAUCUAUGCCUGAUUUAAGUAAUGAGUUAAAAAAAUUAAGCAGAACAAUAAAUUGUAUUGAAGAUGAUUCUAAAAAAUCAAGUACAGACACUAAUGUUGCACUUUUUACAGAUCAUAUCAGUCCAAAUAACAAUGUUCAAAUACAUGUACAAAAUGAAAAUGUACAUUUAAUAUCCCCUACUAAAGUGUCUCAUGAAAACCAUGAUCAAAAAUUAAUGCCAACACCAUCUGAUAAAAUAUCAUCAAGCGCAUAUAUGAAAACUGUGCCUUCAUCUUGCCAAAGUAACUCUAACAUUGAUAAACAAGGUAUAAGACAAAUUCAACAUCCGGAUGGACGUGUUGAGUACUGGUAUCCAAAUGGAAAUGUAAAAAAAAUCUUUCCCGAUCAAGGUUUAACUAAGUUGAUAUAUUAUAAUGGAGAUGUUCGCGAAACUAAUAAAAAUGGAGAAGUAAAAUAUUUCUAUGCAUCAACUCGUACAUGGCAUAUAACAAUGCCAGAUGGCUUAGAGAUUUUAGAAUUCGCCGAUGGUCAAGUAGAAAGACGUUCGCAUAGUGGUAUGAUAGAAGUAUCUUUUCCAGAUGGUUCAAUACGAGUUUUAGAAUCCAAUGGUACUGAAAACUGGACAUUACCAAAUGGAACAUUAAUUCAAACUUUUACUAAUGGAGAAAAAAUUCUUACUUUACCAAAUGGACAACGCGAAAUACAUACUAAAGAUCAUAAGAGGCGAGAAUAUCCUGAUGGUACUGUUAAAUUCAUCUACCCUGAUGGUACUCAAGAAACACAAUAUUCUAAUGGCAGAUUACGCCUUAAAGACAAAGAUGGUAAUCUUUUACGAGAUACAUAUCAAUAAAAACUGCAAAUGUUGUGAUAGAUGUAAUGUAUGAUUAAAAGUAACAUCUCGUAGGGAAGACAGAAUUCUAUUUGAAAUCAUGCAUAUGAUAUACUAUAUUUU